UCACAUACAGAAGGUGAACAACAUCCUUGUGAAUUCUGCGAUCUCAUAUUCAACACUGAGGAACAAAUGUUAGAACAUUCAGAAAAUGCGCAUCAGGGCGAUGAAGAUGAAGAAAAUACAAACGAUGGUGAAAUGGGUAUUCACAAUAUUAAGGAAGAAGUCAUUGAGGAAUCGGUUCCAGAGGAAGGUGAAGAGAAUGAAGGUGAAAUGUUUGAAGACCCUCUUCGAAUUUUAAAUUCAAUUACAAAAUCAAAUAGCAACAAAACUAAAAAUAACAAACAAGAUGGAAAUAAUAAAAUUAAUAAAGAAGCAACAAGUGGUUCUGAAUCACAACCAGUUAGAAGAAGUAUGAGGUCAGGUCGAAAAGAUUAUGCUAAGAUGUUGAAAUUGGAUGAUGAAGCAGAUUCUGAGGAGGAAGAAGAGGAAAUCGAUGAUGGACAAAUACAAGACGAAGAUAGUGAGAGUGAUGUUGUUUUAGAGAAAAUUAAGAAGAAAACUGAUGGCAAAUCUUUUGAUGGGAAUAAAAAUACUAAAACUGAAGCUCCUAGGAUAUUAAAUUCAACCCUCAAGACCACCAUGAACGCAAUACCCGAAGAGAAAAAAAUACUUAACAAAAAUAUCAAACAAAUGACACCAAGAUCAACUAAUCCUCCAAGGUUAUUGAAUCCUGGUGUAGCCAAAGUUAGUGAAACUGCACCUGAAAAGCAAAAUGUAUCAAAAUCUAUAGAUUUACCACAAGUAUCAGAUGAAGAUAAGAAGAAUACAACAUUAAGCUUGAAAGGAGAUGAACCGAAUGAAAAUAAUAUAACUAUAAGUUCUACACCUGCCAAGUUGACUAAAGCGCAGCUAGCUAAUGUUCCUAGACAAAGGUAA